AUGUUUGGUGCGCGACGAUUCUCUGUAUGUUGCAGGAGACUUAGAGCUGUUGAACCCACACAAAAUUCCUUGAACUCCGAACAGUUAGAAAAUGUCAUAGAAACUAUAGCGACAAAGAAGGGGUCUCAUUCUGAACAGAAUUCCGAUUUGAAUCGACAUUUACAUCACAGUACAAAAGGAUCCAAAACUAGAUCAGGUAAUUCUGCUACUCGUCCUUUCGGAAAAACUCUAUUUCGCCGUAGGAUAAGUAACUUUGAUGGCAUGGCUCAAUAUAUAUCCCUCGCCAACUUCAAUGAUUCCAUAGAUAAGGUUCCUAACGUUUAUCCAGAACUCAAAAAUGUUAUUUUCUCUCCUGGAGUUCAUUACAUGCAGGAUCCUAGAACAAAACGAAUCAAUUUCAGUCCUAGUCUACUUGAUAUCCCCCAUGUCGAUGACUUCAAGUUCGAUAAGGUGAAUCCAUUCAUAUCACCUUCGCAUGACUCUAAAUUGUUGGAAGUUGCGAAUGCACAUAACUGUUCUAAUACAGAUGCUGAUGAUAGCAUUCGAUACUACUCAUCUACUUCUUCUCUCACGGGAAUUCUUCGUCAGUUUCACCUUUUACUAAGCAAUAACCGUCCUCUUGACACUUCAUUUCUUUCCAAAUCUUUUCCAUCCGUCACCACAAUGUCUCCCAGUUCCCGAUUUCCUGUUUGCUCUGUGGUAACACCGAAACAGGUGGGUUCGGAAUCUAUUUUUUCCAUCGAUUCAGAUCGAUCGGCUGAUACAGAGUUGAUACUAUCCUGUUUAGGUAAUGUUAUUGAACUUAUGCUAACUACGGACAAGGAUACAUUUAGCAAGUAUCUGAAAGGCUCGCCUGAUGAUCCAGAAGCUUCAGGUAGAGAUUCUGGCUCGGCGUAUCAUUAUGCCAAGUUUGGAAAGUUUCUCAUGAGGUCGCAACUUGAUGCCAAAGAUAAGGAGUUACCGGGAACAGGAGUAUUUGAUCUCAAGACAAGGGCUGUAUGUGCCAUUCGCUACGAUAUCUCUCACACCGAUUUCUUCCCCACCAAUUACGAAAUCAAUCGUACUGAAGGUCUCUACGAGAGCUUUGAGAGGGAAAUCUUUGAAAUGGCCAAGAUCGUCAUGUUUAAAUAUGGUCUUCAAGCAAGAAUUGGUAACAUGGAUGGUAUUCUGGUAGCAUAUCACAACGUGAAGAAUAUUUUGGGGUUCCAAUACUUCCCAUUGUCAGUUAUUGACGAUAUCUUUUUUGGACAUACUGAUGCUUCUGAUAUUGAAAUCUACAAAACCAACCGAAGUAAGGGUAAGCCAGAUGAGGAAAAAGUUGAAAAGAAGUUGAAGGGGAUCGUGAACGACAUCGGUCUGCACUGGCAAAAUAAAAGAGAAGCCUUGUCAUCUUUGAUGGCCAAACACGAAUUUAAAGUGAGUUUGACGAUUUUACAGGAUUUGCUGGAUAUUUUGACCGCUAAAUCUAAGGGUAAACCAUUCAGGAUGAUUGUCAAAUACUGUAACGGAGAUACUGCUUCAGAAACUUCUGGUGACAUAGAAGUUAUUGCCAAUAUUAUUGAUGAGAAGGACAUUGAUCGAUUGACACUUUUAGGCGAUCAAAAGCUUCAGCAGGAUAAAGAAGAGUUAUCUGAAUCCCAGAAAAAUGCCUCUAAUGAGUUGUUGCCUAGCGAUAGAAUCAAAAAGAUGUCUCGGAAUGGAAACUUUCAAAGAAAGCGUUUCGAGCGGUUAAAUGGACAAAUACUAGAUAAAUCGUACCCGAAUGGUACUUUUAUGUUCCAGAUCACGUGCAAGCACUUUUUUGACGGUACGUUAUGCCAGCAGAAGUAUCCUACUCCAUCAUUGAAAAUAUUGGAUAAGAAUGACGAUUUUGAAUGGGAAAUUCAAUACAAGAUCGAUGAAAUCAGUGACAAGAAGUUCAUCAAAGAACGAUAUUUUAAAAAUGUCUCUCGCAUUGCUAUGCAUUCUUUUGCUUCUGCCUCUUCCAAUACUGCACCUACUACUGUUCCGACUGGUUUGGAGGAGCAUUACCUUGAUACGAAUGCCAGCUUUUACCAGAAUGUGCUCAGAGCUUACAGUGAUAAGGCUGUUAAGAGAAGUAAGCUUUUCAAACGAUCGCCUUUCUCUAAGGGAAGAAAUGCUUAA